CGGCACUGCAGAAACAGGCGAGUUAGCGAGCGUAUCGAUUUUACGAUCCGUGUCUGUCCGCGGUUAGUGUGUCCGUGUUCCUUUAGUUUUUUAGUGAACAGUGAGUUCGUUAUAUUACAUGGAUAAAACCGUGAAUGGGAUUACAAACUAGACGAUACAAACAGUGCGUCCGUUAACUCCAAUAAUCAUCGUUCAAUCAUGACCAAGGAUAGAUUAGCAGCCCUCGUCGCGGCCCAAUCGGACGACGAUGACGUCGCCGAUGAGGUGUCCGUCCCCGUGGGUGGGCAGGAGGAUUUCAUGACGGAAUUCUUCGCGGAUGUGGAGGAAAUCCGCGAGAUGAUUGACAAUAUCCAAACGAAUGUCGAGGAGGUGAAGAAGAAGCACAGUGCCAUCUUAUCAGCCCCACAGACCGACGAAAAAGUCAAAAUGGAACUUGAGGAUCUCAUGGCCGACAUCAAGAAAUCUGCUAACAAAGUUCGAGCCAAGUUAAAGGUUAUAGAACAAAAUAUUGAACAAGAGGAGCACACGAACAAAUCAUCCGCGGAUCUAAGGAUACGCAAAACUCAGCAUUCUACAUUAUCCAGGAAGUUUGUUGAAGUGAUGACGGAAUAUAAUCGAACGCAAACCGAUUAUAGGGAAAGGUGUAAGGGAAGGAUAAAACGACAGCUUGAAAUCACGGGGAGAACUACGACUAAUGAAGAGCUCGAGGAAAUGCUUGAGCAGGGGAAUCCCGCAGUAUUCACGCAGGGGAUUAUUAUGGAAACGCAACAAGCCAAACAGACUCUUGCUGACAUCGAGGCGCGUCACGCAGAUAUCAUAAAAUUAGAGAACUCCAUCAGGGAACUGCACGACAUGUUCAUGGAUAUGGCUAUGCUGGUUGAAAGUCAGGGCGAGAUGAUUGAUCGCAUUGAAUACCACGUGGAGCACGCAGUCGAUUAUGUUCAGACAGCCACUCAGGACACCAAGAAAGCCCUCAAGUAUCAAAGCAAAGCCCGACGGAAGAAGAUUAUGAUCAUGAUCUGCCUCGCCAUUCUUGCGGUCAUUGUGGCCACCACCAUCGGCAGUUACUUUGGACUUUGAACAUCCAAUCCAGGCGACUCGAAGGGCAAUGGUUACCCACCGCUCGCCCAAAUCACCUGGUGGAUAAAACGCACUUGGUUCUCCAUAACUCAGCAUAAUUCACCUAAAAAAUCACCGACCACAAUCCACAACCCAUCAGCCCACGAGGUGAUCAUCGUCAUCCUCAAUUUGUCCCAAAAAACUCAAAUAAAUUAUGUCUCGGUGCCCCACCGGUCGCGUAUCCACCAAAUCUGUCUCUCCAUCCUCGCACUUCUCCCAAAAAUGUAAGAAAACCCGUAAAAAUUCCCAGUGAAUACCAAAGAAACGAAAAAAAAAUCAUUUACCAUCUUGAAUUUGUGAAAAUACACGGACAAAAGACGGGGAAAUAAAUAAUUCAUAACGCGCCGAGUAAUAAACAUAAUUAGUUAAUACUAUAUGAAAGUUUCAGUACUACGGGAAAUUGAAUCAUCAGUAGAGACAGGCGUAAGAUUGAGGGAAUAAAACGACAAGGAAAAUCGAGAUGACGAGAGAAUAAUGAAAAUAAUCAGAAAACAUUAGAAAUUUCAGCUGCAGCAAUUAAUAUUCUAACAUAGAUGUUACGUCAAGACCUAUAAGAGAUGAGAUAUAAAAAAAAACCUAAUAUGUCGAUUAUCUUUCCAUCGAUCUAAUGAAUCACAUAAACUCAUUUGGCCACAGUAUAUGUACGUAUAUGUAUGUAUAUAAAUGCUGGGAAGAUGAAUGGAAGUGAAGGUGCGCUGAAAAAAAAAAUGGAAAAGCGCUAAGGGAUAUCAAUAAUGAGAUAACGAUUGUGACACGAUUACGAGAAAAAUGAUGAAUUGGCAUUGCCUACUUAACUGGUAAACAAUAACCAAUUAAUGUUACAAUGUUCUGUUGAAUAUAUCAUACGAAAGUUGAGAGAAAUACCAUUCAGAUGAUAUUAUGCAUUAAACUGUUUUAUUGAGAGGGAAAAAGGUAAAAAAAUAAUAUAACAAUAAUUAUCAUUAUAAUGAGGAUGAAUAAAAGCAUUUGAGAUUGCAGCCAUCACCUCACACUGUACAGAAAUAUGUAAUUGUUAGAUUAGGUAGCUAUGUUAUUAUUAUCUAUUUAUCAUGUACUAUGAUUACGACUAAAAUGAAAAAUGAUGAAAAAAAAAAGAUAAAAAAAUAUGAUUAACGUGGAUAAUGUCGAUUUGGCAAGCAGUCACCAUUGCAAAUCAUGAGUUUUAAUCUGACGAAUAUGGCAGUGCGGGCGUGAUACAUAUAAAUGAACUUUGAAGUGAAUUAAAGUUGUGAGAAUUAUGAGGGGAAAUUAUUAAAACAUUCGCAGUGAUAUUCACUGCUGGGAAGCGAGCCAUUGCAUAAGCUUUCUCGGUGUUCAUUGAAUAAAGCGCUUUUUCCUCAAGAGUUAAUUAAGUAUGGGAAAAAGAAGUCUUAAAUAUUUAAAGCUGUAUAGGAGUUCCUCAUAAACAAAUAGAAUUUUAAUUAUCUGCGGGGAAUCCUGUUAGGAUAAGGCCGGGGAAAUGUCCACCGUACGUUUUUAUUUAUUUCUACUCUCGGGUAGCUGAGGAGAUAAUUUUUUAUCGUUUUUAGUUGUAGUUUCUUUAAUUGUCGAGGGAAUUGUCACGAAAUUUUUCCACAAUUCUCUUGAUAUUAUUAUUCAGACAUUUCUUGACUGAAUUCAAGUUCAAAGUAAAAUUUUUUAUUGAAAAUUCGUAUGGUACUUUUUCUCUUUCUUGUUAUCCUGAAUUUAUUAUUUUUCGUCCUAGUCAUACCAUCCUCUAUCGUCAUUGAAACUAAUGAUUUAUUUUUCAUUAGUUGAAAGUGCUUGAGGAAAUAAAGUACUUAUAGCUAAUUAAGUCGCGACGAGAUCUCUAACGAUUACUCAAUCAGUCUGUAAAUUUAUAAUAUAAUUAAAAUCGAAGAAAAUCAUUGAAUUAAACUCGUGGAAUUCUUGAGCUUACAUCGAGCGGGAAAAAGUACAUUGCUGGGCUUGAGAUAUAAUGAGAUACAAUUUCCCAGUGAAAUGCAACGAGUCAUAAUUUUAGAUAAGUACCGAUGUUGAUUGACAUUGAGAUUUUAAAAAAUACCAUAACUGCCGUGUUGAUCUUCUGAGUGAACACAAGUCCAGUGAUGAUACUGUUUUCAUGAAAAAUUCACGCUUCUAGUCAGAGCAACCACAAAAGCUCGGUGAAACAGAUUAAUAUUACGAAUUAAAGGGCCAAGUCAGUUGAUAUCAGAGUUUUCUUUAAAUUCUUCAUUCUCCAGUAAUUUUUCAUUAACCAUUAACAGUCGGUGAUUAUCCUAAACAUCUUUCAAAUGAAAUAGAAAUUAUGAAAAACUCCUCUGUCCAAAUCGAAUAAUUAAUUGUUCAAAAUCUCUUCCACCGACGAACCACUGGGGAAUGAAGAAUUUCGACGAACAAUUUUCUCUGAUAAUUUCUAACAUGACUCAACUAUAUAAAUAUUAUAAAUAUAUAGAUAGUUGGGCGUAGAAGUUUAGCUUGAAUCUCAAAAUUCUAGACUAGUAUAACGUCCUUCAUCCUAGGAAUUGAAAGAAUAAAUUAAUUUAAACUAAAAUAAUUAUGAAAAUAAAAAGUGUUAAUUUCUUAUCAAUUAGAUAAAAAAAGAUAAUAAUUACCAGAAAAAUGUGAGGGAGAGGGAGAGCAUGAAAAAGUUUAUUGAGUAAUGUUAUAUAAAUUUUAGUGCACAAUCGACUGUGUGUGUUAAACGAGUUUGGCCUAAACUUCGUUAAGUUGAGGUUGAUGCUCUAGGUGCCAUUCGCCUUUAUAAACCUUGAAGACAUUUUAUUGUAAUUUGAAAAUCAUAUUGAAUUAACAUGAGCGUCACAGACUACGGCAUAGCUAAUGGCACUUAAACUAAUGAAUCGUUGGAGUUGAAUGAAAAUUGAGAAAAAAAACGUGGGGAUACUAAUGAAAAACAAUUCUAUAUUUUUUUUAUUUCUUCUUCUAACUUCGCAUCUCAGGUAGAAUCCUUCGAGAAUUCAUCCUAGCCCCAGUAAUUAUUAUCCCAAUAUUUAAAUUCUCAAUUACAAGAAAAAAUAUAAUAAAAAUUGCGUUAAUGUGCGUGUGCCUCAUUUCUUGCCAUACGCUGCGUCUAGUCUUCUGUCACUCAUGAUUAAAAAGUAAUCGUAAUUACGCGAGCGAUUACAGUGUCGCAAUUAAACCACUGGCAAGUACUGAAAGAUAACGGAAAAUCCAAAAAAAAAAUUAACAACAAAUUGAAAGAGGAUAAACGACUUAAGAUUAUAAUGAAGCGUUUUAUUGUGAUUUAAUUCCUGGCACCAUUGAAACGAACAUGUCAUCUUUCUGAGGUGAAGAGAAUGAGAAUUGGCGAUGAUAAACUUCUAGUUUGUAAUCAAGAUUUAAAUUUUCUUGGUGUCAUUAUUAAUAAUAAAACAAACGCUAAUUAUCUAUCAUCAACAAUAUUCUGUCGGCUCUGAAUUAACUGGUGUCUUUGAUUAUACGUGGGAAGAUCAACUAUCGUCUUCCUCAAUAUGUGCGUUAUGUCCUGUGAGAGAGAGAAAAUAAAAAUGAAAUCAAUUUUACGAGUUUCUCACAAAUUUUACUCGUAGUAGUUUCGUAAUAAUAUAACGCGCACUUGGCUCACCAAAUUUAAAAAGUACAUAGUCUUUGAGUGUCGACCAUUAUAAUAUUCUCUAUUGCCAAAGAUAAAAUGAAAUUCAACAAAAAAAAAACAAAUAAAAAGGUAAAAAAAAAACAUCUGUGAAAAAAAAAUGGAAAAAAAAUAUUGCGGACUUAAGAGCGUAGCACUCAACCUCGACUUCUUGCAUAAUAUUUAAUUACAUUAUAUACUUUGCAUUCUCAUUAUUGCAUUUUUGCUGCGCGCGCACUAUUUCUGAGAGGGAAGUGCAAUUUUAUGAUCGUUAAUUGGCAUUGCUGAAACGCUAUCCAUCUGCAUUUUUGUAGAUGAAAAAUAUAAAUGAGAUUAAAUAAUGAAAAUUAAUGAUGUCGAUUCGUUUUGCAAUGGGGAGAGCGAAAAAUGGCCUCCGGAUAACUCAUUAAGAAAAAAAAAACUACUAUAAUAAUGUGACAAAAAAUUAUAAAAGAAAACUAAAAGAAAACGAAAGUGUGAUAAGAAUACAAUUAAUAUAAACAUCAAAAAUGUAUAUGGGUCGUGUCACAUCGGUGCAAUUAUUACUAUGAAAGGCUAUUCGAAUAACCUUUAUAAGUGUCAAUUCCACUUUUAACUUAAAGAACACGUAAAACAAGACAACUUAAAUGAUUAAUGGAAAAAAAAAAGUGAAAAAUGAUUUUGAGAUGCAAAAACCCCAACUGAAAUAAUGAGAUUAAUGAAAAAAUAAUAAUAAUAAAUCACUGAAAUGUUAACAGAAAGCAAUUGCAUGGCACUUCGGCAUUCAUACGACAAAGUGAGAUUAUUGAUAAUAUUUAAUUACAGAAAAAUGAAAAAAAAAAAAGAAUACUUCAAAUGAAAAUGUAGCGUGAGGAUGCAUUUAAAGAUAUGGCGAAUACUUUUUAUUGUAGGUAUUUCAUAGUAAACGAGAAGACAACAAAAAUCAUAAAUAAAGAUAAUGUAUUAAAGAAAUUACUUAUUAAAUAAAUCCAUGGUGUUUUCUGCCUAUUAUAUACAAUAACUAUAAUCUCGUGAUUACGGUUAGUUGAUUGACUAAAGAGUGACGUCUUGGAGAUCAUUUUGGUUGUGCACUGCGGAAAAAAAAAAUUAUUGAACACUGUACAAAGCUGGCAAUAAUAUUAAGAGCCUUCCAUAAUCAUUACUCGCUUUGAAGGAGAGGAGAAAUAAUGCAUAUCCAGUGUGGCUUUUCUCCUGAAAUCGGGAUGAUCACUAAAGAAGGAAAUCCAUCACGAAAACUGAUGUGCAGAUUAUUUCGUAGAUGCGUGUGAACUCGAGAUGUUUCGAGGAAUUAAUCAUUAAAAAUUUUAUGAAAUUUCUUCCAAUUAAUUUCCUCGACUCGUCCAUUUCAAAUGAACUUUCGAAAUAAUUUAGAAAUUCGAUUAGCACUUAUCACUCAACUCUACUACUGAUUAACCGUAGAAAAUGACUGUGAAAAUUGGCCAUCAUUGAAUUUUCAACGGGUAGGAGUAUUUAAUCAGUGAUUACAGUAGAUGAUAAAGAAAACAAUCAAUAAAAAGCGUGUAUGUGCCCUUUCACAUUCACCAGAGAGGCCCCACUGUGACCAGCACAAAAAUAAUUUAAACAAAAGCAUUGAUUAAUGAGAAAUAAAUCAUUCACUCGUAGAUUAGGUCAUAGAAAUACUGAGAGACAUGAUUUCACGCGUAUCAAACUGGCAGGCCAUCUUUGGAGAUAUCUAUUGCUCAUAUUUAACAAUCAUAUCGAUUCCUCUAUUCAAUGACUAAUUAAAUGACUAAUGCCUCUCGUCAAUCACAUUGUCAUAAUUAAGAAAAGCUGAACCCCUGAAUGAAUUCGCAUAAAUUGGCAAGACUUGCUUGCUUGAUUUUUAUCAACGGAGUGGAGUAUUCGCUGUUUGCGAUAAUUAAAUAAAUACACAGCAUUAACUUUCUUGAAGAACCUCGUCAGUUUGAUCGUUAAUUACGGGGCACAACAAGAGAUCGACGCAAAUAUGCACCAAAAUCAUAGAAAACAGAUAAAAAAUUAUAAAUAAUUAUAUUCUUUUACGUUACGACUCACUCAACUAUAUUGGAGGUAGUUCAGUAUAUUUUACAUUACAGUAGUAACAUCGAUUAAUUAUUUUAUCUUGAUUUUAGAUAUAAUCGAAACGAUAAGAGAUAAUGCAUAUAUUUCCAAUGGUGUAGUAUAUCCAGCACUGAAUAAAUUUGUAAAGUUAUCGGCAUUAUAGAUGCAAUUCACACCGAGUUACAUUUUCGAGAUGAGAUUUAAUAAUUAAAUAAUGAGAAAAUUAAUGCGAAAUGGUGUUCAGUGUGUUUAAGAGGAAGAAAAAUGUUAUUUGAGGGGAAUAAAACUUCAAUCUACGAAUUAUAGUUAGUUUUUUUUUUGGCUUUUAUCCUGUUUGAAUUAUUCACAUUUUCCUUCACGGAAUGCUUCUUCAUUCGUUCACAGGUUGUACAUAUUUAUUUAUCAUUGGUUAUAUACAUAUGUACGAACGCAAAGUAUUAUACAGAUAAUUACAGGUCACUAGGUCAAUAGAGAUGAAUUAUUACGUUCAAGACAUGAUCAAUUAUCGAGAUCUGAGGAGAAUUAAAAUACUAUAGAAUCAUUCUUUCAGUU